AUGACUGAUGUAGUGAUUUGUGGUUGUGGCCCAACUGAGGCGAUGUUAUUGAAUUAUUUGAGUCAAAUGUCAAUAUCGAAUGUCAUCUUAGAGCGAGAAGCUGAUAUCAGCACUGAUCCUGCGGGUAUCGGUAUAUAUGAUCCCAUCUACAGCGAAAUUGGAAGUCGCAUGGGCAGGUUCAACUUUAUCGGUGGAACAGAGACAGCCUUGAAGAGAAGCCCAUUUUCUCUCUAUAGCACAAUGAUUGGUGGAGCCGGCCAUAUCGGUUUACUGUCACAAGCAACCCAAACUCGAAAAAAGCUUCCGGAAGAGGACGUCGAAUACCACGUUCUGCGAUUUGAAACCGUUUUUGAACUGCGUGAAGAUGGGAACUGGACAUACAGCAAAUAUCAUGAUGCGCAAGGGAUGGAGUGGGAGAUUCGGGCACGAUUUCCCGUUGGUGCCGAUGGGAAGACAGGGUUCACGCGCGAAAAUUAUCUCGGGCCGAAAGGGGUACAUAUGGAGAAGGUUACUGAGUACGUGUCUGUCGGGGUCCCUACGAAGACUUGGGUAGCUCUCAACUGGCACAUCACAUUGCCAACGCCCGAGUCGCAUCCCCAAUGCCCACUGUGGAAACUGGGAUAUACUCUGGAACAAGUAUAUGACAUCUUUUUUCCAGAUGAAUUCCGCUUUCUCUGCAACCCCAACCGCCCAGCCGUAUUUGAAUUUGUCGUUCGUCUAGGAGAGGAUGGUUACGAGAAGGCUAAACCAGAAUGGAUAAAGAAAAUUGUCUUUCCUAAUGUGACAUACCAUGGAAGCCCAUAUAACGAUGCUGCUCAUGUGUUCCCUCCUUUCGGGGGACAAGGAAGUGCGUUCGGGUUUCGCGAUGCAGUUUCUCUUGCAUGGCGACCCGCACUACUAUGCCGAUAUCAUCCAACCACGCCCAAAAUCCACAAACAAUUUCUGUCCGCGUGGUGCCAGAACGAAAGCAACAGCUUGAAAAGACUGCUUAAGGGAAGCCUGAAACUUCCUCAAGUAUUCUGUAAGGAUAUGUCCGGAAAAGUGUCUUUCACCGAAGAUGUUAUAUUCCGAUCUGAGCAAAAUAGUCUUUUCCGGCUAUUCGUAUAUCUGCGCAACGAUGAGGAACUUGAGCCCGCUCGAAACGCUAUGCGGGUAACACAGGAGAUAUCGCGGGGUGAAUUUGGUGUCGACAAUAUCUCCUUUAUCGUUGAACAAAUUACUUGCGACGAAGCUUCGGACUAUAAAAACCUCUUUCAGAUAGCUAACGCCGAGGACUUUGCACAGUCGCCACUCUGUAAUGGUCGACCUAAGCCCACCUACUAUGAACCAUUCCUCGUCCGGAAGGAGGUGUGCGGAGAGUAUAUCAUCGUGCGCCCGGAUCGUUUCGUCUUCGCAGCGUGUGAUGGUGAUCAGAGCUUGAAGGUUGCUACUAACUGUAUGUUGGAAAUUCUGUAUAGCUCGCUCGAAUCUACGACAGCCUAG